AGUGGCUGAAAAGUGAAAAACAUAGAAUUUCUUGUUUGUGACAGUUUUUUUUAUCAACAACUUUGGUUAUGAGUUUUGCACUGAUUUCACUGAUUAAUGGCCGUCAGUGGAGAGUUUGUCUUUUGAAUAUUGCCAGGAAAACGAAAUUAGAAUAAUGUGAUCUCCGUGCGUUUCCCUCAGUUUUCGGAGGCUCUUUGAUUUUGGAUUGCUUAUCUCACUUUCAUUAUCUGCUUAUGGGUUUACAAUCAGCUGCGAGUCUGUUAAAAUCUGAAAGCCCGGUCGUACAUCGCAGAAGUGUGUUCGCUGUUUCCGGAUGCGGUUUUCUGUUCACAUCUGGUCAGAAAAGUUGAACGUGCAUUGAGGUUGUUUCCGUUCUGGUCUCCACUGGGAGGGAUCGUUGGAGUCUCCUCAAUAUUGGGGGCAAACGAUCAGAUGAGAUUUGUCCGGCUCGCAGCGUCUCCCUUUUGCCAAAAGAAUAAUUCGUGAGAUUUAUAAUGACGCAGAUAUGGAAUGUUUAUUCGCUCAUGGUCCUCUAUGUGAUAAUGCAGCACGGCAUGCGAAGAGCGGCUGCUACCGAUGUGCUGGACUUGGGAAAAGAUAACUUGGAUUCGGUUGUGGAAAAAUACGAUGUGGUGUUUGUAAACUUCUUUGCGGAGUGGUGCAAAUUCAGCCGGAUGUUAGUUCCAAUUUUCGAUCAAACAUCGGCGAAGAUGAAGGCGGAUUAUCCUGGAAACAGGAUUGCUUUGGGACGCAUUGACUGUGAUAAAGAAGCUGAUACGUGCGCUGCUUACCACAUUUCCAAAUAUCCUACGCUGAAGCUAUGGAGAAGUGGUCAAGUCUCCAAGCGAGAAUACAGAGGACAGCGCACUCUAGAAGCGUUUAUCACUCACCUCCAAGAACAACUGAAAGACCCUAUUUUGCCUGUAACCAGUAUCUCCGAAAUGGAAACUCCUGAGAAGCGGCGAAAGCGAGCUGUUUAUCUGUUCUUCCAAAACAACCAAGUACCAUACUGGCAUAAUAUUCAGCGAAUGGCUAGCUACUUACGAGAUGAGUGUCCGUUCUAUGUUAUCUUUGGCGCUGGUCUACCUGGUCGACAAGGAGAUGCAAUCGUCUUUAGAGAACUUAUUGGAGAGACGUUUGUGGAAGAUGUCUAUCAAGGACCGCUGCAGGAUUAUAAUCCUGUUAACCAGUGGAUUUAUGAUAAAUGUGUCCCUAUUGUGCGAGAAAUCACGUUUGAAAAUGCGGAGGAACUAACAGAGGAAGGAUUACCCUUUUUAAUUUUAUUCCACAAAAACGAUGAUACCAGAUCGCCGCAAAUAUUUAAGGACGAAAUCAUGAAACAGUUGUCGGGCGAUAGAAAUACCGUUAAUUUUUUGAUUGCCGAUGGAGAAAAGUUUUCUCAUCCACUGAGCCAUUUGGGAAAAUCUCAAGCAGAUUUACCUUUGAUUGCUAUUGACAGUUUCCGGCAUAUGUAUUUAUUUCCUGAUUUUAAAGAUAUUGGUGUCCCUGGCAAGCUGCGAACAUUUAUUGAUGAUUUGCAUUCUGGCAAGCUUCAUCGUGUCUUCCAUUAUGGCUUCGACCCGAACGAGCCGAGCACACAAGCGCCUUCUGACUCAAUUAAGCCCGGUGAGCACGUUCCGGUAGCUGAUUCUGGAGCAAAACAUCUUCCGCCAGUUGGCUCCACUCCUCCCGAAUCUACCUUCAAAAAAUUGGCUCCUUCGAGAAAUCGUUACACGCUACUUCGAGACGAACUUUAGAUUUGCCAUGCUCUGCAAAUCUGCAACUGAUACUUUUGAGAUUCGUUUUUAGAAAGUGCUAUUCUGAUAUUUAAAUGUUGUGUUGAUCACAUUUGUGGAAAAUUGACACGCAUGCAAGAGGAGAUGCUGGUGACCUGAAUUUCUGAUUGCUUUCUGACCCGUUGCGAGUAUUCUGGAAAGCUUUUUGUGUUGCACAUUUUUAUGGAUAAGAACGAUGCAAACAAAAAUGGUUUGGUGAUCUAACAUAA